UUCCGGAUUGGGUUCAUCCCUGUAAGUAACGGGGCAAACUGGACUGUAGACAUGAAAGCGGGAGCACAUGAUAGGCUGGCUGCUGAAAUGAUUGAACUGGCUUUGGAUCCUCAUGUGAAUAAAACAGGAGACGUUUGGCACAUAUGUGUUAAGGAUUUGCCUCUGAGCAAUGUUCUUUAUGGCUAUCGGAUGGAUGGUCCUCAAAGUUGGCAUCAUGGGCAUCGAUUUGACAGGAGCUUUGCGCUUUUAGAUCCUUAUGCUAAGCUAGUUGAAGGUCGUAGAUAUUUUGGAGAUUCUAGCCACAAGUUGUCUACAUUUCUUGGAACUUAUGAUUUUGAUAGCUUGCCUUUUGACUGGGGAGAUAACUACAAGCUUCCAAAUAUUCCAGAGGUAGCUGAAUUCAAUUUCAUGGCUGUAAUAUCAUGACGUUAUUUUCGUCUUUUUUUUU